AUGGGGAACAGGCUGCACGUUCAGCAUCCUGAGCAGCCUCAUACAGGAGCAAAUAGGCCUAAGGCCAGGAGUGCCCACAACAGCAUUUUCCAGUCUGGGAGACACUACAAGCCAAGGCACUUUGCAGAGUCUGUGCAGAUCAUGGAGUCAAAUCUGAAUCACAAGACUGAGAAACGACAGUUUCAUCAAAAGCCUAAAGGCACUGAUGGAAUCAGGUGGUUGGGACAGGACAAUGAAAUUGUAGAGGUUUCAAACAAAGCCAGGGACAAAGGGACUGCUCAGGAAUUGGCGAGGACCAAUAGCCCAGCACUACAGAUAAAACAGAAUGAGAAGGGAAAGAGGGCAGCAAAAGCAAGCAAGCACUGCCUUUGGUUUGAUGGGUUCCAUUCAGUCAAUUUCCUGGAUGGAGCAUCUCCAAGCAAACUGCUCCGGUGGUUCAGCCGGCGAGACCGAGAGCUGAUGGAGCUCAUGGCCAGAGGGUCUGUCCUAGAGGCUGGACAGGGCACUCGGGACGACCAGACGGUCUGUGUGGUGUUGAGCACUAACAACUCGCUUGCUGUUGGGGGCAGCAGGGAUCAGUGCCGAGCGGGAGCCUGCGGAUUAGUGAAGGGACUGAGUGACCUGCGGGAAGUCACCGCUUUUCACUUGCAUCGAAUUCUCGGGCUCAACAUCAGCCAGCCGGUGGUCGCACGCCGGUGGAGGACCCAGCUGCUCCCGCAGCAGUACACAGACGGGUCGGCAAAGCCUGUCGUGUGGUGGGACCCACGGAUGCUUCUGCUUCAGGGUACGAGCCGGCAGAAGGACACCUUCCGCCUCGCCCAGUUCCCAUCUGUCUUUAGGAAAUGCCAGGAAAGCGACGGAGGAGUGUGCGUCCAGGAAAACAGUCUGGAGCUGCUGAAUUACUUUAUCCAGAACAUAAAUCAUCACGAGGUUGCUGAUGGAGGGGCAAAGUUCAUUAACAUAUUUCAGAAACAUAAUUUGAAGGAUGUUGAGAUAAUUUUGGCCAGCUUUAACAGAGCGAGUGAUAAACGCACAUUCACUUUCAAUGAUUUGGAUUGGUUACCUCUGCGAACUCUCAAGGUCAUUUCCUCGCAGUGCCUGCCUGAAGUGCUUCUAUGUUCCCUGUAUGAAGACCAGGAAUACUGGCAGAGUAAAGGGCAACUCUCCCUUUCGAUACUGGGCGAUAGAAUUCGUAAGAGAGCUCAGCUUCUCUUGCAGCAGAUGACUGAUGGACACAUAAAGCACAAGAGGGCAUACGUGUGAAAGGCAAAUAAUAUUUGAACUUGUGUUUGUCUUUAUCAAGCCUGCUUUACCAGUGCAGAAAGAUGAGCAGUAUAGAGGAACCAGUUUAUGUUCAUGCAGAACUCCCACCAAAUGCCCCAUACAGA